AGUGCAAUACAUUGUUUUGCAGAACAUUGCAACAAUGACUAUACAAAACAAGGGGAUGUUCGAGCCAUAUCUGAAAAGUUUUUACGUUCGAUCCACUGAUCCAACACAGAUAAAAAUUUUGAAGCUCGAAAUUCUAACAAACCUGACCAGUGAAACCAACAUCUCUAUAGUGCUACGAGAAUUUCAGACCUAUGUGAAAAGUCAGGACAAGCAAUUUGCUGCAGCCACAAUUCAGGCAAUUGGAAGAUGUGCCACCAAUAUUUCUGAAGUUACAGAUACGUGUCUUAAUGGGUUGGUGUAUCUGCUUUCUAACAGAGAUGGUAAAACAUUGUUUAUU